AUGAAGGCCGACAUAGUAACAAACAAAUUGGGUGAAUCUUAUGGUGAGACAAACGAUGGGCAGAAAUCUGUGUUGGAUUUGGGCGCUUUUGUUGGGGAUUUGAGUGUGGAAGACGAUGUGAGCCGUGAUGAUAUAUCGCUUGAAGGAUUACAACAAGAACUAGAAGAAUGUCAAAGUGAUAAUGUUGUUGCAAAUAUACUGUCCAAUGGUAUUAAACUGCGGGACUAUACAAAGGGUGUUGAAAACAAUUUGCGGCAAGUUGAAUUGGACUCUAUUCAGGAUUAUAUAAAAGAAAGUGAUAAUUUAGUCUCACUUCAUGAUCAAAUUCGUGAUUGUGACAUCAUCCUAUCACAAAUGGAAACACUUCUUAGUGGGUUUCAGAUUGAGAUUGGUUCGAUAAGUUCAGACAUAAAAGUUCUUCAGGAGAGGUCAAUGGACAUGGGACUAAAGUUGAAGAAUCGCAAGUCAAAGUCUGAAAAAAAGAGUAGGCAACGUGAGGGCCAAAACCCCAUCCUUGCUCCCCCUGGCAAUUCCCAACUCCCAACUGAAACCUCCCAUUUGUCGGAGUCAGAGUUCCCUCCCUCGGUGACCCCCACCAUCCCCAGUCCUAACCACAAUCCUUGCCCUGCAGAAUAG